AUGGCCGCCUUCGCACGCUCGGCUGCAUCGCUCUCGCCGCCACACUCCAUGCUCGCCAACCUGACUGCUCGAGGUCUCUCACCCGCUGCUGCACAGGCGGCAGUCGAUGCACUCGAUGCCGCUGCCGCCGACAAGAAGGCUGCCGAUGCCGCGGUCGCCGACGUUCAGCGGGCCCGCAAGGCCCUGGCCAAGGCCGGCGGAUCGACGGCGCCGGAGCGGCUGCGCGAAGAGGGCGCAGCGCUCAAGGUCCGCGCGGCAGAGGCCAAGGCCCGCGCUGCCGACGCCGCCGCCGCCCUCGCCGCGGCCAAGGCCACGCUGCCCAACGAGAUGGCGCCCGACACACCCAUCGGCGGCGAGGAGGCAAACGUCGUGGUCCGGAGCGUCGGCACGCCGCCAGAAAGCGGGCUGGAUCACGUCGACUUUGCUACCGCCCGCAAGUGGAUCGAGUUUGAGGCUGCGUCGGCCGUCUCCGGCCCGGCCUUCUACUACCUUGCCCGCGAGGCUGUCCAACUCGAGGCUGCCUUGGUGGCGCACGCACUCGACACCGCCAUCGCCGCAGGCUUUGUCCCGUACACCGUCCCGGAAAUUGUCCACGAGCAUCUGGUCGAGCGGUGUGGGUUCCAGCCGCGCGGCGAGUCCUCGCAGGUGUACAAGGUGACGACCGACUCACCGGGCCACGACGCGGCCAAGUGCCUUAUCGGCACCGCCGAGAUCCCCCUCGCCGGGCGCUUCCUCGACACACUCAUCCCUCUGCCCGAGCUUCCCGACUCGGCCCGCUCUGUCGCCGUCUCCCGCUGCUUCCGCGCCGAGGCCGGUGCCUCAGGCCGCGCCACCCGUGGCCUUUACCGCGUCCACCAGUUUACAAAGGUCGAGCUGUUUGGCCUUGCCCAGCUCGCCGACGCCAAGCAGCUCCACGCCGAGCUACUUGCCCUCUCCGAGUCCAUCGUCGCCUCGCUCGACCUCCCGUACCGGGUCCUCCGCAUGGCCUCGCGCGAGCUCGGCGCACCGGCUUACGCCAAGUACGACAUCGAAGCCUGGAUGCCGUCGCGUGGCGGCUUUGGCGAGGUUGCCUCGGUCUCCAACUGCACCACCUACCAGGCUGCCCGCCUCAACACCCGCAUCCACGACCCGCGCGCUCCGAAAAAGUCGCGCAACUCGCUCGCCGCCACCCUCAACGGCACCGCCGCCGCCAUCCCGCGCCUCAUCAUGGCGCUCAUCGAGAACCACGGGACAGUCGACGAGGACGGACGCCCGGUCCUCGCCCUCCCGCCGGCGCUCCGCCCGUAUCUUGGCGGCCGCGAGCUGCUCUAG